AUGGAUUUUCAUCAUCGCCAUUUCACGAUGGAAACCACAUUACGUGUUUGGAUCUGGAUAAAUUUCUUAUGUUCUGUCCUCGUAAAUGGUCAAAAUUACAACGUACUCAAUUAUGGUGCUAAAGGAGAUGGUCAAACUGAUGAUUCAGAAGGUUUUGAGCAAGCAUGGAAUGAUACAUGUGGUGGAGACGGAGACAUCAAAACACUUCUUAUUCCUUCAGACAAAACAUUUUUACUUCAGCCUACGGUGUUCCAAGGUCCAUGUAAAUCUAGCUCUAUAAAAGUUCAGUUGGAUGGAGUUAUCGUUGCACCUAUCGACAAAGGAGCCUGGUCCAAUCCUACCUCUAAAAUGUGGAUCAAAUUUUCAUAUGUGUCUGGUCUAAUGAUCGUUGGUUCAGGAACGAUUAAUGGUCGCGGUUUGACUUUUUGGGAGCUAAAUUUGAAAGCUUCUCAACGACCUACAGCAUUACAUAUUAGCAAAUGUGAUAACUUCAGGAUAAAUGGGAUAACCUCGAUUGAUAGUGCAAAAAACCAUAUAUCAAUCAACAAAUGCAACACUGUUGCAAUAUCAAACAUAAAUCUCUUUGCACCCGAGACAAGUCCCAAUACAGAUGGAAUUGAUAUAAGUGAAUCGACUAAUAUCAACAUAUUUGACUCUACAAUUCAAACGGGGGACGAUUGUAUAGCAAUCAACAGUGGAAGUUCUAAUAUCAACAUCACAGGAAUUAAUUGUGGACCAGGUCAUGGAAUAAGUAUAGGAAGUCUAGGAGCCGGUGGAGCAGAGGCUACAGUUAGUAAUGUACAAGUGACUCAUUGCACUUUCAAUCAGACGACGAAUGGAGCUAGAAUCAAAACAUGGCUGGGUGGACAAGGAUAUGCAAGAAACAUAAGUUUUACCGAUAUCACACUCAUUAACACAAAAAAUCCAAUUAUAAUUGACCAACAAUAUAUAAAUAAAGGACGUCUUGUUGCCGAGGAAUCAGCAGUGGCGAUUAGCAAUGUAAAGUAUAUCGAUUUUCACGGGACAACAUCGAAUAAAAAUGCUAUAACGAUUAAGUGUAGUGAAACCACACAUUGCAGAGACGUCGUUAUGGAUGGAAUUGAUAUUACCAUGGCGGAUGGAGGAAAACCUAAAGUUAAUUGUCAAUAUGUUGAUGGAGAGUCUAGUGAUAAUGAUUUAAUGCGUAACUGCUUUAAAAAUAAUACUAGUACUAAUCAGUGA